GUUCUACCAGCUAUGAACAACGUAGCCGUCGUGGUCGGGGCCGCGAGCAACCUCGGCUUUCACGUGCUCAAGAAACUCAUCAAGAAGUACAAUGGAAAAAUCUACUUCACCACCGAGGACGACGCGGCGGGAUAUCAAAUAUACGAAAAUCUCAGAAGCAAACACGCGAACCUCGAACACUACAGAGUUGACGUGACGUACACAAAAAGUAUCAUAAAUUUUAGACACCACAUACAGGAUCUAGACGAGAGAAUAGAAUUGCUGAUAAAUAUAACAGAUUAUACGUCGAAAGAGAAGAAGGUCCCGUAUGCGGAGAAGGUGCGAAGGAUUCUGAGUGUGACGUUCUACGGGUACAUAAAUUUCGGUAAACUCAUUUACCCUCUGCUGACUGAUAACGCGAGAGUAGUUAAUGUCUCGGGAGCGGCAGGGCUUCUAGCGACUAUUGAAAGUGAGGAAAAGAGGGCGAGAAUCAGUGAUCCCACACUAACAGAAGAUGAAUUGGUAGCGAUCAUGCAAGAAUAUGAGGAAGCGGUCAGAAGAGGUUCCGAGAAAACGGAAGGUUGGGGAGUCAAAGUGCAGGCGGUGAGCAAAGUAGCUCUUAAUGCCGUCACAUUUUUACAGCACAGAGAAUGGUCGGAUAGAGGUAUCGUGAUAAAUUGUGUAAACCCGGGUGAUAUCAGUAGUCGAGAAGACAGGAAGACAGUGAAAGUGUUUGAGAAUGGAGCUAACGCUAUAUUAUACCUGGCUCUGGAAGCGCCAUUGACUAUAAAAGGUAAUUUCGUGUGGAGCAACUUUAAUGUGAUGCCUUGGAACGGAGAUCCCUAUGUUGAAGUAACUACUGUGUGAUCAACAUUAACAUUUGGUGGGACUGUGCAGUGAAU